AUGACUAAUCAAAAGAUUUAUAAAAAUCAAAUCAGUGCAAGAAGCUCACCAAGUGUAUACGAAAUGGAUUUUCCAGGAUUUGUUCCUGUCUCAAAGAAGAAUUACGGAAGUGAUUCAGAUACUAGUAAUUUAACAAGUACUGGUAUGACUUUCCCUUCACCUCCAUUAUCUCCAAAAUUAAAUAAUUUGGAUGGUGAAAAGGAUGAAAGAAAACUUUCUCUUAAUUUAGACUCUUUAUUCUAUAAACCUAACAAUACUACUACCACUAUCAAGACUAAUUCCAAUGAAAAAAAGGUUGAACUAAUGGUUAAACCUGUUUGGGUACAAAAUACUACUACAAAACAAUAUAUUCAUUCAACCAGAAAAUUUUUACAAGAAUAUAAAUUUUCUAACAUGUUAAAGAAUAACGUUACAAAAACAAGUAACUUUGAAACUACACCGCAAUAUAUGUUUAGAACCAGAAAGAAUAAUAUGAUGUUAUCUCCUAGUGGUACAGAAGGGGUUAUUCCUCUAAGAGUAAUGACAUUACAACAUCGUCAUACUCACAACAAAAGCAAAUCAACCAAGAGAAUGCGUUAUUCUACUGGGUAUAGUCAUGCUAAUACUCAAAGACCAAUUGCUAGUGCUAUUAAUCAUGCUCAACAUUUAGCUUCAUCAACAGCUGUGACAGAAGUACCACAGUACGUUCCUAACAUGUCGUGGAAUAAAUUAAAGGAUUAUUCCCCACCUUUAAGCUCAAUACCAAAUGAUAAUUUGAAAGCUUUGAAGAUUGAAUGGAAAGGUUCUCCAAUGGAUUUAUCAAGGGAUCCAUUAAAGGAUCAUUUACAUCCAGCCGAAUUGGUAUUAGCACAAAUCUUGAGGUUACCAUGUGAUUUAUAUUUGGACUCAAAGAGAAGAUUGUUUUUGGAAAAAGUUUAUAGGUUAAAGAAAGGUAUGCAAUUUAGAAGAACUGACGCUCAAAAGGCUUGUAGAAUUGAUGUCAAUAAGGCUUCAAGAUUAUUUGCAGCUUUUGAAAAAGUCGGUUGGUUAAAAGAUUCUAAUUUCACAAAAUAUUUAUAA